CCUCAGUCUCGCGUCAAGACUCGAAAGCCGCGGUAGAACCGAUCGAACUUCGAUCGACCGAUUACUUGUCCCUCUCCUCGUAACCCUCUAUCACGAGGCGCAGAGUCGAAAAUCGGCGGCUCGACGUGCGCUUGGUGUUGAACCCGGGUGUCAGUGUGUGAGCGAAAUUUUUGGCAACCGGUGAAUGAAUCUUGAUGCUGCCGAUCAUCGCAUUUGUUCAUCCACGUUCCUCAACUACGCCGAGGUCCAACCGGAAUUAUACGUAAAAAGGAGGAUCUCAACGAGGAAUUUUUUAAUAGACUAUCGGUGUAUCGUCGCGGAGCUGCGAGAGACCAAGUACAAUCAUGGGACGCAAACGGGAUGUCAAAUCGUGUCCACCCACGACCAAAGCCAGAUCUAAAUUUGUAUCACGGAUAUAUGAAAAUCGACGCGAGUUCAAGCGAUGCAAACGGCGCGACAAAUCGUCCACACCGUUAGAAUUACCUGCCAUCGAACUUAAGCAGCGAGUAAAAACUAAUCGAUUAACGAAAAUUAUACAACAUGCGGCUCGAGUCGGCGAUAAAUCAUCGAAUUCUGUAUUGGUCACCGAAAUCGACUCGCAAGAACAGGCUGAUCAACAAAGCGACGGAGGUGCGGGUGCCGCGGGUCUCACGAACGCAACGACGAUGCAGAACAACACGGAUACCAACGUGGAUCUGACAACGAUGACGUCGAGCACCGUCCUGGCGUCGCCGGGCCUGAACAACCCCACCUGGAAUCGUCAGCAGGCCGUUAGCGUUAGGCAUGCCUUCAAGACUUAUGGCAGCACUAAAAAUCCGAAUCAAAUCUUACAGAAUCUCAACAUGACCGUAGCCAAAGGCUCGAUAUAUGGGCUGCUGGGAGCCAGUGGAUGCGGCAAGACUACCCUAUUAUCCUGCAUCGUCGGCCGACGAAAAUUGAAUUCAGGCGAAAUCUGGGUGCUAGGUGGUAAACCAGGGACAAAGGGCUCCGGCGUACCUGGGAAGAGAGUCGGUUACAUGCCACAAGAAAUUGCUCUCUACGGCGAGUUCACCAUCCGCGAGACCAUGCUGUACUUUGGCUGGAUAUUCGGAAUGGGCACGGGCGAGAUUGUUGAGAGGCUGCGUUUCUUACUGCAAUUUCUCGAUCUGCCAUCGCAGAAUCGUCUGGUGAAGAAUCUCAGUGGUGGUCAACAGAGGCGAGUAUCCUUUGCAGUAGCACUUAUGCACGAUCCUGAAUUGCUGAUUCUGGAUGAACCGACCGUAGGUGUAGAUCCGCUAUUAAGACAAAGUAUAUGGAACCAUCUGGUUCAAAUCACCAAAGACGGCAACAAGACGGUCAUUAUAACGACACAUUACAUCGAAGAAGCCCGACAAGCGCAUACGAUCGGUUUGAUGAGAAGCGGCCGAUUAUUAGCCGAGGAGUCACCUAGGACACUCUUACAAAUAUACAACUGCGACUCCCUUGAAGAGGUCUUCCUGAAAUUAUCGAGACAGCAAGUUUCAGUUCCAACGGAAUUGAAUAUUUCAAACAAUAUCAGUUUGGCUUCUCUAAAUUGGGGCAAGAAAGAUGAGCCAGUAUACGUGACAGAAGAGUCCGGUGUUGUUGGCCUCAACUUCCACCAAAGUAAAGAAGCCCUGAUUUACGACUCCACCAAUGGAAUAGCAAAUCAUUAUGAUAUAAAUGGUAGGCCAUUACCAAGUGCAAAAGGAGGAUCUGUUGUGGAAUGCAAUGAUUGCGGCAACUUUACAGACUGCUAUAAUAUCACCAGUUCAGGCAAGAUCAAAGCGCUUUUGCAGAAAAACUUUUUGCGCAUGUGGAGAAAUGUCGGUGUAAUGCUGUUUAUUUUCGCUCUACCGGUGAUGCAAGUGAUUCUCUUCUGCCUAGCGAUCGGGAGAGAUCCCGAGGGUCUAAAAGUGGCUAUAGUGAAUAAAGAAAUGUUUUACGAGAACAUGACGUGCCCCAUUUCGACGGAUUGUAGUUUCACGUACCUCAGUUGUCGAUAUCUCAGUUUUCUAGAUACUGAUAUUAUUACGAAGAAAUAUUAUCCGGAUCUGGACUCGGCCAUGAAAGACAUACGCGACGGAGAGGUUUGGGGCACUUUGUACUUCACGGAGAAUUUCACAGACGCUCUCGUGGCGAGAAUGGCCUUAGGAAAAGAUUCCGAUGACGAAACUCUCGAUCAAAGCGAGAUUAGAGUUUGGCUAGACAUGUCCAAUCAACAAAUAGGCCUAAUGUUAGCGAGAAAUCUUCAAUACUCGUAUAGAGAUUUUGCCAAAGAUCUUCUAACAUCCUGCCAUCAGAAUGCAAAAUUGGCUGACAUACCAAUUCAAUUCAAAGAUCCCAUCUAUGGUACCAAUGAUCCCAGCUUUACAGACUUUGUAGCACCGGGUGUAAUAUUGACCAUUGUUUUCUUUUUGGCGGUCGCACUGACAUCAUCGGCACUGAUCAUCGAGAGAAUGGAGGGCCUUCUUGACCGAAGCUGGGUGGCCGGCGUGUCACCUGGCGAGAUUUUAUUCUCUCAUGUGGUCACGCAAUUCGUAGUGAUGUGUGGUCAGACAGCUCUGGUAUUAAUCUUCAUGAUUCUAGUAUUUGAUGUCGAAUGUAAAGGCGAUAUCGGUUGGGUCAUUAUACUGACGAUACUUCAAGGACUCUGUGGCAUGUGCUUUGGGUUCCUGAUUUCGGCGAUUUGUGAACUCGAAAGGAAUGCUAUCCAGCUGGCUCUCGGUAGCUUCUAUCCUACGCUUCUUCUCAGCGGUGUAAUAUGGCCGGUGGAGGGCAUGCCGACGGUUCUACGAUAUGUAUCGCAAUGUCUGCCGCUGACAAUGGCAACGACAGCUCUACGCUCGAUACUGACUCGUGGCUGGGGCAUCUCAGAAUCGAAUGUCUACAGCGGCUUCAUCUCCACGAUCAUCUGGAUUGUCAUAUUCCUUACGACAAGUCUUGUGGUACUGAAGUUCAAGCGCGGAUAA